AUGAAACCGACGAAUAGAGAACGUAGCCACCGGCGAGCAGAGAACGUACCAAAGGGAUCAGAAGCCGCCGGAAAAAGAAGAAGAAAAAGAGGCUGCCGGCGAGCAGAGCUGAAGGACGGCAAGCCUGCACACGCACGAUUGACGGCGACGACUGGCAGGGAAUGGAGCCGGCGGGCAGAGGCAGCAAAACCACACAGCAGGGAUAGUUGCAGCACAAGAAAUAUUAAGGUUCAAAAAGCGUACUGGCGUACCAAAAUAUGGACGGACGAGUCCAUGGACGAAAUUCAUGACUUCAAAGAGAAACUUAUGUUGGCUGGUGGAUACGACAAUGAAGCAAAGGUCUCAGCUAUUGAAAUACAAACAAGAGAGUACUACAUUGCUUGCAAGAGGUGUAACAAGAAGGUCGCAGAGAUUGAUGUUCCUAUCAUCAAGGUGGAAGACUCAAAGCAUGUACAAAGUACAAGAUACCGCUCCUCAACCGCACAUGUCAAGAACUUAGGGAGUCAAUUAACGAGGUACCUCGAUGAAUUAGAACCGGGUGAAGUUCCGGAAGCGUUGUACCAAUUGGUGGUAAAUGAUAGAUUGAGGCGAACAAUGUUGAUAAGCCCGUUCAUGAUGUUAAAUGGUUCAGAAGGCAUAGGGAAAGGAUGUGGAGUUGAUGAUAAAUCAGUUGGUGGAUUUACUCCGUGCAAGAAAAGUGCUUCAAAUAAUGAUGGUGAUGAUCUGUUGAAGCAUCAAGCACCAAAAAACGAGCAUGAAUAUGCAAUACACGCUUGA